CCAUUAAACAACACGGAGGCACGCAAACCAUGGAGCGUCGUAUAUCUAUACCAUGAUUCACGGAGUACGAAGGCUUUUCCGAGGUCUGGUUGUUUACGUACGCGGAGGUAAACAUGUGAGAGCCCAAAGGAGUCGAAAUAACUCGGAUUGGGAAAGGUUUGCUAAAGGAGGAGGCAGGAGGAAGGUGGGGGUCUGUACAAAAAGGGUUUGUUGUGGUUUUCAGCAGCUCUUGGAAAACGGGCCCAGCCGCAAAAAGAUUCCUCACCUCAAUUUAACCAUCCAAAGUGAUCCACAAUGACAGAACAGAAGGUAAAGUGGUCAUGUGACUACUGCACUUACGAAAACUGGCCGUCUGCAGUUAAGUGCACGAUGUGCCGUGCACAGAGGCUGAGGGGUCCCAUCAUCACAGAGGAACCUUACAAGAACAGCCCCGAUCUGGACCCCGGUCUGGAGUGGGACCCUCCAAGGACCGAGAGCGGCAGCAACCUCCUCAUCUGCCCCGACUCCAGUGCUAGGCCCAGAGUCCGGCCAGCCAGCAUGGCCGAGAUUGCCAACAAGUGGUCUUGCCAGAUGUGCACCUAUCUGAACUGGCCCCGAGCGCUCCGCUGCACUCAGUGUCUGUGUCAGCGCCUGAGGACCAGCAGCCCCACCGAGACACCCCACACAUCGGGCUCCAAUGCGGGCUGUCGUCCUUCUCGCCACUCUCCGGUGGAUACCUGUGAGGAGUACAAUGACAGAAACAGACUCAACACGCAUCCGCCGCACUGGACAUGCACAGUUUGCACUUACCAGAACUGGCCCACAACUACGAAGUGCGUCGUUUGUGACCACCCCAAGCCCAACACCCAGGAAGCCAUAGAGCUGGCCGACUCCACAGAGCCAACGCCCGUAAUAAACGAACAGGACAGGUCUCGAUGGAGGGGCAGUUGCAGCGGAGGCCUGGGCCAAAGGAGGUCCCCUCCGAUGCCCAAGAGGGAAGAGAAUGUCCAAAUGGACUUCCAGAGGAUUGGGCUUGCCGCUGGAGCCAUGAGCAGCAGAGAGGAGCAAGAUGUCGACUUCAAGAAGCUAAAGCAGAUUAGAAAUCGAAUGAGGAAAAUGGACUGGCUGUUCCUCAAUGCAUGUGCUGGCGUGGUGGAGGGAGACCUGGCCGCCAUCGAGGCCUACAAGUCGUCCGGCGGGGACAUCGCCCGGCAGCUCACUGCCGACGAAGUGCAGCUCCUCAGCCGGUCUUCGGCGUUCGACGUGGGCUUCACUCUGGUCCAUCUGGCCAUCCGCUUCCAGAGGCAGGACAUGCUAGCUAUCCUGCUCACAGAGGUGAACCAGCAGGCGGCCAAGUGCAUCCCUUCCAUGGUGUGUCCCGAGCUGACGGAGCAGAUCCGCAGGGAGAUAGCAGCGUCACUACAUCAACGCAAAGGGGACUUUGCCUGUUACUUCCUCACUGACCCGGUCACCUUCACCCUGCCUGCAGAUAUAGAGGACUUGCCGCCUGCUGUCCAAGAGAAGCUGUUCGAUGAGGUAUUGGAUCGGGAUGUGCAGAAAGAGUUGGAGGAGGAAUCUCCCGUCAUCAACUGGUCUCUGGAGCUGGGCACGCGCUUGGACAGUCGUCUGUAUGCCUUGUGGAACCGCACGGCCGGAGACUGUCUGUUGGACUCUGUCCUGCAGGCCACCUGGGGCAUCUACGACAAGGACUCUGUCCUCCGCAAGACGCUCCACGACAGCCUGCACGACUGCUCCCAUUGGUUUUACACGCGCUGGAAGGAGUGGGAGUCGUGGUAUUCGCAGAGUUUUGGUUUGCAUUUCUCCCUGAGAGAAGAGCAGUGGCAGGAGGACUGGGCCUUCAUCCUGUCUUUGGCCAGUCAGCCCGGGGCCAGUCUGGAGCAGACGCACAUUUUUGUUCUCGCACACAUUCUUCGCAGACCGAUCAUCGUCUACGGAGUGAAGUACUACAAAAGUUUCCGUGGGGAAACGUUAGGAUACACUCGUUUUCAAGGUGUCUACUUGCCUCUGUUAUGGGAGCAGAGUUUCUGCUGGAAGAGCCCCAUCGCCCUAGGCUACACACGGGGCCACUUCUCGGCCCUGGUCGCCAUGGAAAACGACGGCUACGACAAUCGCGGGGCCGGCGCCAACCUCAAUACCGAUGACGAUGUGACGGUCACUUUCUUGCCACUGGUCGACAGCGAUAGGAAGUUGCUGCACAUUCACUUCCUGUCUGCACAAGAGAUGGGCAACGAGGAGCAGCAGGAGAAGCUGCUGAGGGAAUGGCUGGACUGCUGCGUGACAGAAGGAGGCAUGCUGGCGGCCAUGCAGAAGAGCUCUCGCCGCCGCAACCACCCCCUCGUCACCCAGAUGGUGGAGAAGUGGUUGGACCGAUACCGCCAGAUCCGCCCCUGUGCCUCUCUGUCCGACGGCGAGGAAGAGGAGGAUGACGAUGAGUGAGAGAGACGAGGUAGAGAAGACUAAGCUCCCGAAUUUGAGACUGGACACUGAAGGCUCUGAGGGAACCUUACUGUCUGUAUUUUCUUUCUUUUUUUCCCUCCAAAAUGUAACUUAAAUCUUUAAUACUUGUAAUAAUGCAUGUGUUGUGUGAGCUCCGUGAUAGAAAAAAAAGAAAAAGAUACCAGCAACAACAAACAGAAUCCUGAAUACUGCUCCUAUGAAAGCACAUCAUGUCCUCUUUACUUCCCUUCCUGUACGCCCUAUUUUGUUAUCAAAUUAAUUAUCUUGACCUGUUGGAAAUAUUAAAACAUAUAGGAAAAUAUUCUGUAUUUAAGGACUCCCAAAGCUGCACUAGAUGAGAACUUUAAUUUACAGAAUUGCCUGACAGAAGUGUUGCUUAAAAGUGUGUGUGUGUGUGUGUGUGUGUGUGGGUUUAAAGAGCACCUGUUUUUCAGAUUGUUGAUCCCUCUGCAGACCCCUCUGAUGUUUGGAUUUAUUUAUUUAUGUAGGAGAUUUAGUGCGCAGAGGCGAUUCCUUUUGUUCUUGCCCCGUUUAAUCUGUGUUUUGUUGGCUCCGUUCAGUCUUGAAGUAUUUUAUUUUGCACAGAUGAUACCUACAGUCUGUGAGGGAGGGGUGAAUGCGUACAAGUUUACUGACAUUUUUACGUGUGAUUAGUAGCCGGAUGUCCUAAUAGAAUGGGUGGUGGUGGUGGUGGUGAUGCUGGUGGGGGGGAAGUGCAUUCAUAUUAAAUUUGACUCACUUGUUCCCCCUUUGUUUUGAAAUGUCUCCUUCCUGUGCUGUUUGGAUUUGACUUGAGUAUGGAUUUGUUUUUCUUGCCAUAGACUAAAUUACUGUUCAUCACUGUUACUUUAAAAACAGUGGGAAUUGCUGAAUGUUUUAUUUUUAUUUUUUAAAUAGGUUUCCCGUUCCACCUCAACACACAACUGCUCUUUACCAAAAUGUAAUAUGCAUUUCAUUUUCUGUUUGAAGGACUUGUUUAUACUUUGGU